UCUACACCCUUUCAUCAUUCAGUUCAGUUCCACAUUUUUAUUAAUCAUCUUAAUUUUGGUAUUUGUCUCACAUUCGAAAGGAAAAAUUUUUUGGCUCGCUUGAGAGAACUGCCACAAAAUUCGAGCAUCUCCCCAAAACUAGCAAUGACUUUCACAUACAAAGAACUAAUUGACGUGGCCAUCGGCUCACCCGAAUCGGGCCAUGUUAACUUUUAUGCUUUGCAUGUUCUACUAACGUGUUUUGCCCAGCGAUUGGAUGUUUUGGAUGAAGUUGUCGAGCAGGAGGAUUACAUGGUGGCCAAUGUACGGAUGCAGAGCAGUUUCUUGACCUUGGGCAAACCCUCCAAAUUUCGUCUGUUUGCCGGUGCCGAUGCCGAAGGAGGGGAGGCCCCUGCCGAGGGGGAGGCUCCAGCUGAGGAGGCCCCCGCCGAGGAGGCAGCACCACCACCGCCGGCGGAAGAGGCACCAGCAGCACCGGCCGAGGAGGCACCAGCUGCUCCGGAGGCUGCCGAGCCGGAACCCGAACCCGCACCCGCUGCUGAACCGGAACCUGAACCUGUGCCAGAACCAGAACCAGAAGCUCCUGCACCUGAACCAGUAGAACCUGCCACGCCGGCACCAGAACCAGAACCAGAGCCAGAACCGGAGGCUCAAGAUGCGGCGGCCGAUGAUAAGUCACUGGAAGGAGUGCCCUUGGCUUCGCGGGUGUCCUCGCGCUCCUCGACCCGCGAAAAGUCUCACACCCGUCUGGGAGAAGGAUCUGUCGGCAAUAUAAGCCGGAUAGAGCGGCGCCUGUCCAGGGUGGAGCUGCAAAAGGAGCAGGCCACCAUGGAGAUGCAACAGUUUGUGACCAGUCUCACCGGGCAGCUCAAGCUGACCAUGGAGCAGGUGAACAAUGUGACUCACUUGCUGAUCGAUCGCAAGCCAAACCCGGAAAGGAUCAAGGUCCUGCGUCACAUUGCCAAGCAGUUGAGGGUUCUGAUGUCUACGGGGGAUGAGUUGUCGGUGAGCUGGACCAGUGACGAGGGGUUGGGCGAAGCCGAGGAGGAGGAGAUGAUGGAGGAGGAGGUCCACGAGAGCUCCUCGGCGCCCACGGAACUGGAGAAGCCCGAGGAGGAGCAAGAGCUGGGACUGGAGACGACACUCUGCUACUCUCCCGACAAAAUGCUGAACGAACUGCUUGACCUGAAGUCCCAGUUCUGUGCUCUAACCAACAAGGUCAACGAACUGGCAGCGGCCCUUCUCAAGCAGGACUCCCAGCGGCUUAUGGAGAUGAUGAAGGAACUGCAGGACACUGUCCGGGAUAUCAAGCUCUAUGUGGCCGGCAACAAGGAGUCCAGCUCCGCCAUGAUGAGUCGUCUCAGUGAGGCUACCUCGCAGAUCGUUAUCCUCAAGAAGUCCGUGGCCCACUUGGACGAGGUAAAGAUCGACAAGACCGAGGUGGAACUGCUGCUGGCCGAGAAGGUGGACUUCCAGCAACUGGCCACCAAGGUGUCCCUGGAACAGCUGGAGGAGUACAAGGCCAGGCUGGAGAAGAUGUUCUGCGAGGUGCGGCACAUCAUCAGUCUCAACGAGAAGAACGUCCUGCAGAUUAUCGACAAUCUGCGCAUGACCCUCGGUAUUGAUGCUCUGGAGCUGAGCCUCAAGGACUUCCGAGAGAUGAUCGAGAGGCGGGUGCAAAUGAUCGCCGAGGCCCUGCAGAAGUACAUGGAGAUGACCAACGACGACUGUGCCGCCGCCGCCGGUAGGGUGAAGGUCAUGCAGGAGUUGGCCUGCUUGUCCUGCGACACCACCUGUGUGAUGCGCACUGUCGAGCGGUCCAAGGUCCCGUCCCUGCCCACGGCCAAGGGCUCCACCGGCCUGGGACCGAUUGUCACCUACGAACUGGGCAACAUCCGCAAGUCAGGUAUCAUGGGCUACUACCGCAAGGACGAGUUCCCGCACGCCACCAGUGCCUGGACGAAGGGAGUACCCAUGGUGAAGUGCACACCGCGGCACGCCGGUGGCAGCCACACCACCCACACCGCCGAGGACCACAUGCAGAAGGUGGUUCUCUCCAAGAGGAACACUGGCUGGAAAUAGGUAGCACAAUUAUUGAUUUCAUUUAACACUCCCUCUCCCCCUCCGCAUACAAUUGAAACAGCGUUUUCUUUCCAAAAUAUUCCAACAAAAUUAAAAAGAUUUCAGUCUAUAAGUUUUAAAUAAAAUUAAAAUCAAACAAAA